AUGGACAAAUUUCUUAAACGGAAACAUGAUUCUGGUACUGAUAGUGCAAGUACAAAUACAAGCAAUGUCAAUGAUGAUACUUUCAAUGAUGAGAAUAAAAUAAAAAAGGUCAAUAGACAAUAUUGCAACGAUUAUUUAAAUUUUGGGUUCACUUAUGUUGACGAAAAUGAUUGUCAAAUUCCCCUUUGUGUGUUAAAACCACACACCAUAGCAGAGAGUUUGAUUUUACCGGCAUGUUCAGAAAUAGUUCAAAUUAUGUUUGGCGAUGAUGCAAAAAAAGAAAUUAUGAAAAUUCCGCAUUCAGACGAUACAAUAAAAAACAGAAUUAUACACAUGUCAGAUGAUAUUGAGAAAACUGUCACUAACAAACUUACUACUAAUAAACUAUAUUUCGCUUUGCAAAUUGACGAGUCUACUGAUAUCAGUGGUAUAGCUCACGUACUAGGAUUUGUUCGUUUCAUUGAUGAAAAUAAAAUAGUGAAUCAAUUUUUAUGCUGUAAACAACUUACUGAACGUACAACAGGACAGAAUGUUUUUGAUUCAAUUUCGUCAUAUUUAGAUAAAUUUAACAUAACAUGGGACCAAUGUGUAGGAAUCUGCACCGAUGGAGCUCCUUCAAUGGUUGGUUCUAUUAAAGGAUUUACAACAUUAGCGAAGAAAAAAAUCCUAAUAUCAUAUCUACACAUUGUUUUUUACACCGAGAAUCGCUUAUUUCGAAAACAUUACCUAUUACAUUAA